AAGCCCUGGCAAUCUACGUCUGAAAAAUCAGCCACAGACAACCCUGCUGCUCACAGUUCUACUCUGACACACAUGGGGUCACCAUGAGUCGGAAUCUACUCUAUGGCAUCUGGUCUAGACUUAGGUUGGCAAGUAAUAGUCAUCAUGCCGAGAACGUUAUGAAUUUCCCCUAGAAUCAUUCUGUCAGAGACAUGUGAGAAAUAAAACUGCCCAUCCUCCACUAGAAUCCAGAGAUAUCUUUAAAAAAUUAAGUCUGAUUUAUGAUUUAGGGUAUUUACAAUUAUGACAUUAUGAUACUCUUUGUUUUCUACUUUCCCUUGGUUUCCCAUUGCCUUUAGAAAUUCCUUGCUUAGUCCUAGAUUCCCUGAUUAAUCUGGUUACUGCCUCUACCUCUCCAAACACAUUUUGAGCCAAAUAAAUGAAGUCAAAUAGUCACUAAUUACAAAUCCUAUGUUGCUUUUUAGAUUUUCUGACUCUCAGCCAGAGCGCAUAUCAGUACCUGGUAAAUGGGAAAUCAAAACAAUGUGACUGAAUUCAUUCUUUUGGGCCUUACGAAGAACCCACAGCUGCAGAAAAUAUUCCCUAUUGUGUUUUUAAUCAUGUAUGUGGCCACCGUAUUGGGAACCUUACUCAUUGUGGUAACUAUGACUACAAGUCAGAGUUUGAGGUCACCUAUGUAUUUUUUCCUUACUUCCUUGUCCCUAAUGGAUACUGUCUAUUCUUCUGUCAUCACCCCCAAGAUGAUUGUGGAUUCCUUCUCUGAGAGUACUACCAUCUCCCUCAAAGGCUGCAUGAUUCAGCUUUUUGCAGGACAUUUCUUUGGUGGGGUGUCAAUCAUCCUUCUCAUUGCGAUGGCCUAUGACCGCUACAUGGCCAUCUGUAAGCCCCUGCAUUAUAUGACCAUCAUGAGUCCUCGGGUGUGCCGCCUGCUGCUGGGAGGGACCUGGGUGGGAGGAUUUUUGCAUGCAAUGAUACAGCUCCUCUUCAUGUACCAAAUACCUUUCUGUGGUCCCAAUGUCAUUGAUCACUUUAUAUGUGAUUUGUUUCAAUUGCUGACACUGGCCUGCAUGGACACCCACAUCCUGGGCCUUUUGGUCAUUCUCAACAGUGGAGUGAUGUGUGUGGCAAUAUUCCUUUUCCUGAUUGCCUCCUAUGCAGUCAUCCUCUGCUCCCUGACAUCUUGCAGCUCUGAAGGGCGGUACAAAGCUCUCUCCACUUGUGGUUCCCACCUCAUGGUGGUCGUCUUGUUCUUUGUGCCAUGCAUUUUCUUGUAUGUAAGACCUGUGACCACUUAUCCCAUAGACAAGGCAAUGGCUGUGUUGGGGGCCAUCAUCACACCCAUGUUGAAUCCCUUGAUCUAUACUCUGAGGAAUGUAGAGGUAAAAAAUGCCAUGAAGAAAUUUUGGAUGCAAUGAAAGACUUCAGUUGGCAAGUAACUGUCAUCAUGCUGAUAGCAUUAUGAGUUUUCCCUAAAGAGAAGUCAUUCUCUCCAAGAUGUGUGAGAAAUAAAACCACCCAUUUUCCAGAAGAAUCCAGAGGGAUCUUUUAAAAAUAUGUCUGAUUUAUAUUAUUUAGGGUAUUUACAAUAUAGAGAUUACGAUACUCUUUUCUUUUAUACCCUUCCUCAGCUUCCCGUUGCCUUUGGAAAUUCCUUCCCUUGUUCUAGAAAUUCCUGGUUAAUCUAAUGACUGCCUCUACCUUCCCC